AUGUCAUCGUCAUCUUCUUGUGCCAAACCGGAAUUCGAAGUGGGGGAAUGUGUAGCAGGAUUCGAAGUGAUCAAGAAGCUGGGAUCCGGAGGAUUCGGAGCAGUAUAUCAUGUGAAGAAAGAUGGAAUGGAGAUGGCAUUGAAGACCGAAUUCAUUGAUGAGGAGAAUAACGAAGAAACUCUGAAAAAUGAGGUUCAUAUGCUUCGAAUGAUGCAGUGGUCGCCUUCUUUUUGUCGUCUUUUCACUGCUAAAAGGAUGAAAUGGUGUGGUCAAUCAGUGAAUAUCAUGGUCAUGACCAUCUGCAACCGUCCACUUUCUCGACUCCGUCGCAUGAUGCCUGACCGGCAUUUCACCAAAUCAACGGCCGCUCGUCUCUCCUACCAACUUCUGGAAGCUAUUCGUGAUCUACACUUUUCUGGAAUUAUCCAUCGAGAUGUGAAGGCGAGUAACUGUGGAUGGCAUGCGGAGAGUCGACGAAUUCUUCUCUUCGAUUUGGGUUUCAGUCGCAAAUUUCUCAAAGUGGACCCAGCGACUUUAAAAGUGAGUCAUCGAAGCGCUCGUAAGGCUCCAGGAUUCAUGGGAACCAGCAAGUACUGCAGUGUUUUCGCCCAUGAUGAACUCGAUCAGGGAAGACGUGAUGAUUUGUGGGCGUGGCUUUAUUCAACUGUUGAGCUGUUUCUGGGAACUCUUCCGUGGAACACUGAAGAAAAGUCAAUUCUGGUGAGCAAAAUGAAGAAGAGAGUCGGAAAGAAAUUGUUCUACAAGUGUCCACGUGAAUUCGCAUUGAUGUAUGAACAUAUCCGUCAACUGAAAUUCGACUCCUCCCCUGACUACCAAAUGAUGAUGAACCUGUUCCAACAGAUGAAAAUUCGUCUCGAGAUCGACGAAUCCGAUCCAAUGGAUUUCGAAGAGGGAUCCGCAUUUUUCGAGGAAUAUUUCUGUGGACAAACGGAUUCGGAGAAAGAAAUGAACAGUGACUAUCAGUCAACGAUUCCAGAUGUUUUGGAAUCUCAUCGUAAUCGGAAAAGUGAUAUUGUGACAUUGGGAUCGAGAAGUGCUUCGAGUGAUGAUGAGAAUAAACUUGGAAGACUUGCCGCUGGCUUCAAUCGUGCAAUCAAUCGUUUGAUGUCUUUUUAG